UUAUACUUAGAAGAGGAGAGGUUCCAGCAGCGUGAGGCCAGGAGGACGUUGGGUCAGUGGGCACACCUCUACUCCCUGCGAGGGCUGCUCCACUUCCUGGUCCUGGUUCUACUGGGCGGAGCCUUCUGUCUCAUCUACUAUGCCACCAUGGCCUCAAAGGCUGAGAGGAAUGGAGACUAUUUGAUCCUCCGGUUGCUUCUCCAUUACCUUCCUCCCAUCGUCAUCACCCUGGUCAACUUCUUCCUGCCUCACGUCUUCCGCCAUAUCUCUUCCUUCGAGGAUUACUCCCUCACCACCCAGGUCAAUGCUACCCUCGUCAGGAGUAUCUUCCUGAAGUUGGCCAGUCUGGGGAUGUAUCUCUUCUUCCUCUUCAAAAACAGCCAACAGGAAUGUUGGGAGAAUCAGUUUGGUAAAGAGAUGUACAAGCUCUCAGUGUUCGAUUUCCUGGCCUGUUUCUGCAACACCUUCUUCAUCGCCUAUCCUAGAAAGUGGUUUGUGGACAGGUACCCAUCGUCCUGGCUGGCGCGGUUGUCGGGGAAACAGCAUUUCCUGAUCCCGUUCAAUGUUCUAGACCUGGUGUACAGUCAGACGGUCACCUGGGUAGGACUGUUCUACUGUCCCAUGCUGCCAUUUAUAGAGACAGUCAAACUCAUGGCCGUGUUUUACAUUAAGAAGUUGACAGUUCUCCAGUGCUGUGUUCCGGCCCAGAGAAUGUUCCGUGCCUCCAGUUCUUCAGUUCUGUUCCACUUCAUGUUACUACUGGGUCUCAUCAUGGCAGUCAUCACCCUCGGAAGUAACCUCCACCAGACCGGCCCAGUCCACCGAGAUACCUGCCACCCACUGAUACUGGCGCAGAUUGUUGUCCUGACCUCCUUUGAGUCGCGGAGGAGAGCCAAUGGAAAAGCCAUCGAGAGACUGAAGGACAUGCUGGUGAUGAGCACCUCAGACAAGCAUUUUCUGCUGAAGCAGCACACUCUCUCACUCAGACGCCAGAAGAAACCCUUCAAGGCGCCCACCACUGUUUCAGGCACUAGAGAGGGCAGCUCUACCACCAUGAAAGACCCCUCAGCAGGCAUCGGAGAGGACAGCCAUAUAGCUCAACUGAAGGACCCUGCACAGCCUACAGGCAAUGACCCCAUCAUAAAGAUAGAUAGAGGACUCUAGUGCCCAACAGCCAGUUUUAGCAUGUGCAGCGACAUUCGGGACUUUCACCAUUCUGAAGUAAUCAACUGAGUGGAACUACCUAUGGUUUAAGGUUCACAUGAUUCCAUCCAGGUCAUCAGGAGGCUUCAACCAAUUAAUUAUACUCGUGAGGAAACAUUCCAUAACUGCAGGUAGCUGUAAAUGGCCAACCUUGGCUUUAAACCUGUUCAAACAACACACUCCAGGUGGCAGGAUGCACCCUUUCAGUUUGUUUAGCAACUCAUAGAAGUAGUAGAAGAAGAAAAUGAACUAGUUUGAAAUGAAGAUUUCCUCAAUGUCUCUUCCCAUGCUCCCACAGACGCCCUAUUGGGACAGAUCAAAUGUUAUGUUCUCUAACUAUCUAUAUGCAGCCCAUAGAGUUAGAAAUAGAGCCCACCACCUAUCAUUGUGCCAAAUGCACCCUCUAUCCAACUCUAUGGAGCAGACAUAGCCAAAUGGCACUCUAUUCCAUAUUUAGUGCGCAAAAGUAGUAGCAGAUGUGACCUUUGAGCUUUUGUCACUCCCUAACAUUCAGGGUUUAUUGCUCUGGGCUGUGCCUACAUGUCAUAUACAGUAUUAAGAACAACAGGAGUGUCAGUUACAUGACUUGUGUUACUGUACUGAUGUGUUUAGUGGCUAUGAUGCAGUUGUAAAAGCUCGAUUCUCAGGUAUGUUGUAUGAUCGGGGAUGAUGUUCCUAUAUAGGCUGUACUUGUAAACAGGACAGAGUACUACUAAGGACAGAGUACUACUAAUGUGUACUGUUAGAAUACUGAUGUGUUUAAUGGUUUUAUAUAUAC